AUGACACUUUCUCUUAAAUUGAUCUCCGAAAAAGUAUCUCACCUUGAUAUUUUAAAGUACUGUGAUUGUUUUAAAAUGCAUACAAAAUGUCAAAAUGAGAUUCAACAACAACAAGCUUUAAUAAUUCAACUUCAAAAAGAUUUAGUUGAUAAGACUAAAAGAAUAUCAGAAUUAUCAGGUUUAUUGGAUAAAUAUCAAAGUGUAUUUAAUCAGUCACCAUCUUUAUCGACACCAGUAACAGUGAUUAAAGGUCAAAUACAACCACAACAAUCAAGAGAACGACAAUUGGGCUUGAAUGAUGUUGUGUUUGGAUUUGGUGGCAAUGAUCAAUCACAUGUACAUGAUCCAACUGUACAAACGAGAAAACGUGGUAUCGGUAUAUCAGCUGAACCGCAAAAUGAAGAUGAAAUUCAAACGAAAGAACUUAAAUCAUAUCCCAAGUCAGAGGAUGUUCGUAAAUUAAUAAAAGGUGCUAUUCUGGAAAAUGACUUCAUGAAUCAUAUCGCAUCAAGUCAAUUGAGUCAGUUAGUCGAUUGCAUGUACAGCAUAGAGUUUACUGCGGGUGAAAUGAUCAUUACUGAAGGCGAUUAUGGCUCGUUAGUGUAUGUAUUAGGCGAGGGACAACUAGAAAUUUCCAAAGAUGGUCGAAAAUUAAGAGUGCUAGAUCGUCCGACAGUACUAGGGGAAUUGGCUGUUUUAUAUAAUUGCACUCGAACUGCCAGUGUUAAGGCUAUAACAAAUGGAACACUUUGGGCAAUUGACAGAACAUCAUUUCAAACUAUAUUAAUGAGAGAUCAUUUACAAAAACACAAUGAUUACAUAACAUUCCUUAAGAGUGUACCAACAUUUAGUAAUUUACCAGAUAGUACAAUAUCCAAAUUAGCAGAUCAAUUGAAUGAAGUUACUUAUCGUCCAAAUGAAUAUAUAAUACGUCAAGGUGCAAGAGGUGACAAUUUCUACAUAAUUGCUGAUGGCCAUGUGAAGGUGACCAUUUAUCCAACAACAGAGAAUGGAGUAAUUGAUCGUACAAAAGAGCCUCAGUUUGUACGUACACUAGGUAGAGGAGAUUGGUUUGGUGAAAAAGCAUUAACUGGUGACAACUUACGAACGGCCAAUAUUAUUGCAACUGGAGAUGAAGGGGUAACAUGUUUAGCUUUGGAUUUAGAGUCAUAUAGCCUUUUGAUUGCUGAUUUGGCUGCAUUAAAAAGGCGAUAUUCACAAGAAAAACCGCAAGAAACUACAAUUGAAGAAUAUAAGCCGGAAUUUCAAAACUUACGAUUUCAAGAUCUAAAAAUUAUGUCUACUUUGGGUUCUGGAGGUUUUGGUCGUGUUGAGCUCGUAAGUAUAGGAAGUGAUAAGACAAAAACAUAUGCUUUAAAAAAGAUGAGAAAACAGCAUAUUAUUGAAACAAAACAAGAGGAACAUGUAAUAAAUGAGCGUAAUAUCAUGUUACAUACAGAUUGUGAUUUUAUUGUAAGACUAUGCAAAACAUUCAAAGAUAAUAAAUAUGUCUAUUUACUGCUUGAAGUAUGUCUGGGUGGUGAACUUUGGUCUCUUCUAAAGGACAAAUAUUUUUUCACGGAACAAGCUACACAGUUCUAUGUGGCAUGUGUAGUUGAAGCAUUGGAUUACUUGCAUAGGAAAAAUAUUGUGUAUCGUGAUUUAAAACCGGAAAAUAUUAUGCUGGAUACACAAGGAUAUUGUAAACUAACAGAUCUUGGAUUUGCUAAACAGUUACCAUAUGGAGCUAAAACAUGGACAUUCUGUGGUACACCAGAGUAUAUGGCACCCGAAGUAAUAUUAAAUAAAGGUCAUGAUAUUGCUGUUGAUCAUUGGUCAUUAGGUGUAUUGUUAUUUGAACUACUGACAGGCUUACCACCAUUUGAAUCACCAGAUACAAUGCGCACAUAUGGAAUUAUAUUAAAAGGAAUAGAUGCUGUUAAUUUUCCAACAAGAAUGUCAAAAAAUGCUCAAUCUUUAGUUAAAAAACUUUGUCGUGAAAAUCCGACUGAACGAUAUGGCAUAGGAAAAGAAGGACUACGUGAAAUCGAAAGGCAUGUAUGGUUUGAAGGAUUCGAUUGGGUUGGAUUACGUAAACGAGUAUUAAAAGCACCAUAUGAAAGACAAGUAACGUCACAAAGUGAUCUCAGACACUUCGAUGAAUAUCCAGAAGAAACAGAAGAACCAGAAGAUGAAACAUCGGGUUGGGACGAAUCAUUUUAAUAAAAAAAUGGCGAAUAAACAGUGGAUGAAUGAAAAUGAGAUGGAAAUUGUUGUUCUUGAUACUUAUAUCAUGCAUCUAACUAAAUUCAAUUUAUGCAAGAAAUAUAUUGAAAUGUAUCUGCUAACGUAAUUUGGCAAAAUGCGAAAUGUCAAACUCAUUGAAAAGUCAAUAAAAAGUCGGUUAUCAUAAUUAAGUAAUUAAUUGGUCAUUCGAAGGAAUAAGAAAACAGUCAG